AUGACCGCGGGACAGAACGAGCAAGAUGGGGAAAAGUGGAAAAGUAGGGAGGAAACACGUGAGAUGGAACCGGUUUCCGGAGAGUUGCAGUUCCUGCUGUCAGUUGUCGCACCGUGCUCCAUGUGUGACGGCAGGACUCUGAUGGCUGUCGUCAGGUGAUAGCCAUGACUGAGGACAUAGGCGUCUCGACUAUCACAACGGACGUCGCAAGUGAAACUACGAAAGCGACAGCUGAUGUGCUGCACGACCCUGCAGGCGGUCACGGAUGUUUCGAAAGUAACGAUCGACUGAUGGAGCACAGCGUUGCCCCUCACGAGACAUCUAGGACACCUCUUGUGGUAUCCAGUGCGAGUGCUGCUGAUAACGAGCCAGAUGAUGCAUUACAGUUGUUUGGAAACAAUUGCAUUGUUUGCGGCGUUGUCUUCAAAUCCUGGACUCAACUCCGGAGGCACAUGACAUCACACGACCCGGUCCCCAACGAUACGAAAUGGUUCAGUCGCUGUCGCUUGGCGAACGGCACCGUUCGGUGUCGUAUCUGCGGCAAGAUCCAAAGAAGCAUGCUCCGUCUUCGCCGCCACUACUCCAGCCACGUGAAUGCUCAGAUCUUCAGUUGUCCAAAGUGUCCUGGCACCUACAAGACAAGCCGAGAUUCCGUUGGACACUUCAGGAGAGCACACGUUCCGACAUAUAAAUGCAGUCAGUGCAACUUCGCGACUGCCUACUACAGGGUUUUGCGUUGUCACGAAUUGAAACAUGCCGGAAUUACCCCUAAAGAACGCUGUGAAGCUUGCUUCAAGUUCUUCGAAAAGAAUGUACUUUUACGUCACUAUUACCAACAUACGGGCGAAAAACCCUAUCAGUGCCAGCAGUGCGACUCCGGCUUUGUGACUGCCUGGAAGCUAAAGCGCCAUGUCCUCAAAGUACAUGGGAGCGAAAAACGUGCAUCUGACCAUACAGGACCCAAGAGACGUCGAAUACAGGCACACAGAGAUGCUGUUGGUGAUGACGGUCUACCAGGAUUGGGUAAUCGAUGCGUCGUCUGUGGCGAGACAUUCGCCCUGUGGAAUUUACUGCGGGCGCACAUGGCAACACACGAUCCGGCUCCCGAGGAUUCCAGGUUGUUGAACAAUUGCCGCUUGGCGGACGGCACCUUCCAGUGCCUUGUCUGCGGCAAAUUUGAAGCAGACUGGGCCCAUCUUCGCAGCCAUUACAGCUGUCACACAAAUGUUCGCAUCUUCACUUGUCCAAAGUGUCCACGUGCUCAGAAGACAAGCCACCAUUUCAUCGCGCACUACAGGAGGACCCAUACUACAUUGAACCAGACUUAUAAAUGUAGUCAGUGCAAAUACACGACUAUCUACGGGACAGCUUUUCGCAACCAUGAAUCAAUGCAUGGCGGUACAAACAAAGAACGAUGUGAAGCUUGCUUCAAAUUCCUCUCAAAGAGCACGCUGAUAUUUCACUAUUACCGACAUACGGGUGAGAAACCGUAUGCGUGCAUACAGUGCAGCUCCGGCUUUGCCUCCACCUCGGGGCUAAGGCGCCAUAUCCGUCGCGUGCAUGGGAACGAGAAAAGUGCUUCCCGUCAUACAGGACUCAAGAUACGUCGAGCACAGGUACGUAGAGAUGCCUUUGCAGACGUCGGUCUACCUGGCUUGAAUAAUCAGUGCAUAGUCUGUGACGAAAAGUUUCCCCUGUGGAAUUUACUGCGGGUGCACAUGAAAACACACAAUCCUGUUCCCCAUGACUCGAGAUUGUUGAACGAUUGCCGCUUGCCGGACGGGACCAUCCAGUGCCUCGUCUGCGGUAAAAUCCAAGGGAGCAUGGCCAGUCUUCGUAUCCAUUAUGCGAGUCACACAAAUGAUCCCAUCUUCAAGUGUCCAAAGUGUCCGCUUGCUCUGAAGACAAGCUGGAGAUUUCUCACGCACUUCAGGACAGCACACACUACGCUGGCCCGGGUUUAUAAAUGUAACCAGUGCGACUUCAAGACUAUCUACGGCCGUCAUCAGUUACGUAUUCAUCAGUUAAAGCAUUCCCGAAUUCCCCAAACAGAGCGGUGUGAAGUCUGCUUCAAGCUCUUCGCAAAGCACACACUUGUACUUCACUAUUACCAGCAUACGGACGAAAAACCGCAUGCAUGCAAGCAGUGCAGUUCCCGCUUCGUCUUGGCCUCGCAGCUGAAAAACCAUGUCACACAUGUGCAUGAGAGUAGGACACUUGCUUCUCACAAUGGGAAACCCAAAAGGCGUGCACCACAGGUACAGAAAGAGGCUCUUCCAUUAACCGGUCUACCCAGCCUGGAUAAUCGAUGUGUCGUCUGCGGGAAGACGUUCCUCCUGUGGCAUUUGCUGCGGACACACAUGACAGUGCACGAUCCUGUACCACAGGAUUUGAGAUGGUUCGAGGAUUGCCGUUUGCCAGACGGGACCAUUCAGUGUCUCGUUUGUGGUAAAGUCCAAGGAAAAAUGGCCGACCUCCGCCGUCAUUACGCCGUCCACACGACUGCUCUCAUCUUCAAUUGUCCAAACUGUCCACGAGCCUACAAGACAAGCACAGAGUUUCUUACUCACUUCAGGAGAGCCCACACUCCGCUGGCCCGUGUCUAUAAAUGUAGUCAGUGCGACUUCAAGACUAUCUAUAGCGGCGUUUAUCAUGGGCACGUGAGAGAACAUGCUGGCAUCCCCCUAAGAGAACGGUGCGAAGUAUGCUUCAGGGUUCUUUUCAAGGACAAUCUUUUAGGUCACUAUCAUCGACACACGGGCGAGAAACCAUAUCCGUGUCUACAGUGCAGCUGUCGCUACAUCAGCGCCUCACAGCUAAAAGAUCACGUCCAACGCGUACAUGAGGGAAAGAAACGUGCUCGUAAUCAUACUGGGCGCAAGGUACGUCGAGCCGAGACUCUCCUCUGAUGCAGCAUUAUUGGACAACUGCCGUCGUACAUACCAAGACGUGACCAAGCCCGGAAAGCCAUAAUCCUUCUCUUGCCGUCACCGUGGAGGCCAGCGGCCGAAAGUGUGCACGUGCAUGCACGACAACCUCCGGGUUAUUCACGACCAGAAUCAGUACGGGUGCACUACAAAAUGCAUUACAACACUGUGUGCUAUUUGGAAACAUACGCAAAUAGUUGAAGAAGAAAUGGGGCUGCAAGGUCUGCUUCGAGAAGUUUUCUGAAGGGCACAUCAGAGACAAUGGUUUCUUUCACGUGGGCAGAGAUCAGUAUCACUGCAGCUGCAGCAUAUGUGUGGCUAAAGUUAUUUCUGUCAGGGACUGAAACUGGAGUAAGUCACCAUCAGGCAAUGAACCGAAACCGUAGCCUGAACCGCAAAAUGUGAUUUUGCUUACUGGUUCAUAUGGAUCGGUUCAAGCGUACGCGAACAACUCUGCUUCGUGGUGUAGAUCCCUUCCUCAUGCGUUUCUUUUUUUUUUUUCGUUCAGAAGUUGCGUAGACAACAUAUGAUUUUGCGCGUUUGGGUUGGACCCACACUCGAAGACAUGAUAUGACAUAACAUGACAUUUUAUGAUAUU